UACGGAGCGGGACCGAGCCUGAGCGCUAGCAUGAACGCAGCUAGAGAUGGUAGUACGUCGUUCAGAAAACCAAACCCGCGGAGGAAAUGUUCAAAGCUGCAUGGCUUCGAAUCUGUGAUCAGCAGAAUAUCGCAAGCAUCAGUUGCUGGUGCCUACUGGCACUAGAAGCCUGUGAGAGGGCCUAGAAAGGUUCGUUAGCCACUCCAGCCAAUCUCAAAUUGUUCCGGACGCCGGUCACGUGAUUUCACAAAUACGACCACACGCGUAUCAUUGACGGACCGGUGAACGUUGACUGAACUCUUGCCUUCCUUCUUUCACUACCAUCGUUGUCGGCACUACAAGUGUUAUUCGCAUUCUCAUAUCAAUAGUCGAAUCACAUAUUUCAUCGUUUACAACAUGUCUGGACGUGGAAAGGGUGGCAAGGGUCUUGGGAAGGGCGGUGCCAAACGCCACCGCAAGAUUCUUCGUGACAACAUCCAGGGUAUCACCAAGCCAGCUAUUCGCCGUCUUGCCCGUCGUGGUGGUGUGAAGCGUAUCUCGGGUCUCAUCUACGAGGAGACCCGUGGUGUCCUCAAGAUUUUCUUGGAGAAUGUUAUCCGCGACUCUGUCACUUACACUGAACAUGCUAAGCGUAAAACGGUCACUGCUCUUGACGUCGUUUAUGCCCUGAAGCGGUCAGGGCGCACUCUAUACGGUUUCGGUGCAUGAUUUAUUCCUUUGUAUAUGUAGUAUAUGUACCAGUAGAGCCUCGACUACUUAUCUCACUCUCAUCGGGCCGGCCGUUUAUCGUCUUGGCAUCCUUUCAGAUAUCCAUGAUGGGGUGUAGACCGCAGUGUUGUGUUCAGGCGAGCUCGGGGUGGGUCUUGUCUGAGUGUGAUCAUCUUCGGUCGCUCGGCCGUUG